AACUCAAUCGUGGGCAGUGGACGUCCCCGCAGCUGUUAAAAAAAAAACUUUGUGUUCAAUUCAAGAAAUCAAGAACACAACUCCGAAAUGAAAUCACUUUUGGUGCUGGCCCUGUGCCUGGGCGUGGUUUGCGCAGAUGUUUAUAGCAGCAGAGCCAAACGUAGUUCUGAUUUCCAUAGCCGCCACUAUGGUGCACAUCAGAAAACCGUUGAGGAGGCGCGCAAAAAUGCCUACGGAGCCUCUGGUUCUGGUGGUCUUGGCUUUGGUGGUGGCGUCGGCGGUGGCGUCGGCGGUGGUGUCGGCGGUGGUGUCGGCAUUGGCAGUGAAGCAAGCCUUGGUGGUGGCGCCUCACUCGGUAAUCUGGUCGGCUCCUACGAUUCUGUCGGCGCUGUGGACAGUGGUGCCGCCGGCGGCAGUUCCGGUUCCUAUGGUGGUAGCAGUGGCUCUUCGUUUGGAGCCAACAAUGCUGCCUCUUUUGGAUCGAACAGCGCCUUCUCGAGCAACUCGGCCUUCCAGUCCAGCCUGCAGUCUUCGGCCAACUUUGGUGCCUCGACUGCCCACAAUGUGGGCAGCAACGUUGAGUUCGCCGAUGCGAAUAAUGCCGGCACUGAGGUGAACUUUGGCGGUGCCAGUGGUACGAGCGCUUCCCUGCUCUCUGGCAAUCUGCUUAGUCAACAGGCUCAGAGCACCGGCAGCGUGGGCGGCGGCAGCGGCUUGGAGUACUAUCAUCAUGAGAAGGUUGUGUCUGCCGCACCCCAGCAGGUGGUUAGCUAUGUGCCCAGCGGUGGCUCCGAGAAAAUCGUCCAGCACACCGAACGCAUUGUCGAGAAACAGCAGCCCCAAAUCCAGUAUGUGCAGGUGCCCUCGGGCGGUUCGGAGCACUACGUCUAUCAGAAGAAGGUGACGACCAGCAGUGCUCCUCAGCUCCAGGUGGUGCAGCAACCAGCCAAGCUUACCUACGGCUCCAACUUGGGUUUGACUUCUUCUUUGGGCGUCAACUCGGCUCUGAAUCAGAAUGUCGGCUUUGGUCAAACCUUUGGCCAGCAAUUUGGACAGAGACUUCAGCAGCGGCAACAACAACAACAGCAGCAGCAGCAGUUCGGUGCCCUCAACUUUGGAGCAGCACAGUCUGGAGGCUUGAACUUUGGACAGAGCUCACAGCUUGCUUCCUUCGGUGGUCACCAGUUCUCCAGCAAUUCGGAGCUGCAGCAAUAUAUGAGACAAGCCCAUGAGGCGGCCAGGCAGCGCGCCCUCCAAAGCCAAUCAGCCACUUCCGUUAACUCCGGUGCUAGCCUCGUCAGUGGUAGCCAAUACGGAGGUGGCAGUGCCGGUGCCAAUCUUGUGGCCGACAACAGCCAACUAAAUGGCGGUCUGCUGGGCAUCAGUAGCGGUCUUAACUCUGGCUUUUCCAGCUCCUUGAACUCCGCCAGCUCUUUGAAUUCGGCCAGCUCUUUGAACUCGGCCAGCUCUUUGAAUAGUGGAUCGCUCUUGAACGGAUCCUUGCUGGGUCAGGGCUCGCUCCUUGGUGGCUCCAAUCAACUUAAUGCUGGUGCCAAUGUUGGCCUAGGCAGCUUGGGUGGUGGUUUAUCGAGUGGCCUACAAGGGGGUGCUGGAGGUGCUGGCGGUGCCGGCUCCAACUACCAAACCAAGCAGUGGGAGUCCCAAUCCAAGUGGUCGUCGCAAUCAGAGUUCGGUCCAGAUGGCCAGGUGAAGAACUACAAGGAUCUGUCAACGGGUGAGAGUGAGAACUUCAACAUCAAUGGCAAGCAGUACGGCUAUAAGGCUGCCACCGCCUCUGUCGAUGAUAAUGGCCAAGUCGGCACCUACAGCGUUCACUCGUAAGCGACUACGCUCCAACUAGCUACAAAUCUCCUUAUAUACAAUUUGUGUUCCAUGCCGAUUUUCGGUAAACUCUGCUGCCUAAGUGAUUGUGUGAGAAUAAAAUGAAAUGUUUAGUUAAAUGUUAACCGACACGAAAAAUAA